AUGGCAUAUCAUCAGUCUUUAUUCAAAUUGCCGGAGUUCGUUCCUGUCACUACUGACUCCGCCAAACGGCAAGGAAGAUAUGCAGCUAGAGAAGGUUACUGUUUAGUUUGCGGUGACACAGCACGAAUUGUUAAUUACGGUGCACUUUCUUGUGCAUCGUGUAAAACAUUUUUUCGUCGUCGUGGAUUUCGUAUUGAAAAAAUUGAACCAUGUCGAUUCAAUGGAAAUUGUGAUAUAACAUUACAAUCUCGACGAGUUUGUUCGGCUUGUCGACUUGCUAAAUGUCUUACAAUUGGUAUGAGUCGUGAUCUUAUUCGUAAAGAAGAUCUAAACGAAAGAAGUUUAUGCUCAACAGUUAAACGUAAACAAAAACAAAACAUCAUACAACAAACAAGAAUGUCUUCAUUUCCUGUUUAUCCAUUGGAUUUAUUAAACAACGAUCGAUCAGAUCUCACUAGUCCCAAUUGA